UGCAACAAAGGUGCUGGGCUUGGAGAGCCACAGUGCGGCAGCAGAAAAACUGCACCACGGCACCAAUGGAUAGAAUAGAGGAGGGAAUGCUAAACACAUAGGUAAUCCAUACAAGAAUAAAUGGACAUGAAAGGGAUACGCCGCCAGAUUCCAAAGAACCCCAAAAUGGAAAUAUUUGUGUUUCUAUGCCAGCUGAAGAACAGUUUUUCCUCUGAAAUCCAAGGAAACCUUCCCAGCUUGAUCUGACGAAGCCCAUUUCAACUGGUAGACAGCAGUAUGGAUGAGAUACGCCAAGACUAGCGACUCAUUGUGUCAACGAGACGAAAAAAAAGCCGGCAGCCAAUCUCGUUUGUUUGUUUGUCUGAAAGAGCCUGUGAAUAGUCUGCGGAACGACACCCCAACUCGUCAUUUCACCGUCGCUUAUUGUUUUCCAAGAAAUUCCAGUAGUGGGAUGCUUUCGCGUUGUGUUGCUUCAUAGUGUUCAAGAAUACAAUUGAGGGAGAAAUAUGGGGGAAGUUCAAGACGUCAGGGAUGUUAAGAAGACCUUCGUUGCUCCAGCGAUAAAAUCUUUUGAGCACUAUGACUUUUCUCGAGCCAAAAUCUGUUGCAGCCUCACAUGGCUGAUGGCCAAAGCAUACGGGACAGACAGCGUCCCGGCAGACUUAAAGGACCCCUUCUACACAGACCAGUAUGAGCAGGAGCACCUGAAGCCUCCUGUGGCCAGCCUCCUGCUGUCAGCAGACCUCUACUGCAGGGCCGGCAGUCUCAUCCUGAAGAGCGACUCUUCCAAGCCCCUGCUGGGCCACGAUGCUGUCAUUCAGGUGCUGGCUCAGCGUGGACUCUACGUCAGCGACCAAGAGAGACUGGUAACUGAGAGGGACCUUCGAAAGAGGCCUCUGCAAAUGAGCGCUCACUUGGCAAUGAUCGACACUCUGAUGAUGGCGUACACAGUGGAGACGGUGAGCGUCGAGAAGGUGAUGGCCUGCAUUCGUCAGUAUUCGUCUUACGACCCUGAGGUGGAAACACCUUAUGACACAGAGGACGCAGUGACCACCUGGAUCAACAAGGUAAAUGAGUAUCUAAAAGACAUUGUGGCUCAGGAGCAGAGGAUGAGGGAGACACAGAGCACCGACCCUGCUGGGAGUCCUCGGUCUCCAACCAAGUGGUACAUGAAGCUUGUGCCCGCUCGCUACAGGAAGGAGCCGGCCUCGACCCAGCUGGUUCCCUGCAUCCCCCCAGUGGACAACCUGCUGAAAGACAGCACAGACGGCUCGGCCCUGGGCGCUCUGCUGCACUUCUACUGCCCUCAGCUGCUGUCAUUGGACGAUGUCUGUUUGAAGGAGAACAUGACGCUAGCUGAUCGGCUGUACAACCUGCAGCUCAUACAGGACUUCUGCAAAGACAACCUGAACAGCUGCUGCCAUUUCAGCCUGGAGGACAUGCUCUACGCCUCCUCCACCAUCAAGAAUAACUACCUGGUGUUCAUGGCAGAGCUGUUUGGUUGGUUUGAGGUGGACAAGCCAUCUUUUGUGAAACCAAGAAUGCUGGACAACGAAGGCACAGAGCCCUCAUUCUUGUCAAAGAAUAUACCAGCAAUCCCCAUCUCCAAGGCAACCAAGAGGAGCUUCAUGGAGAGACCCCCAAGUCCUGAAAGACCCAGUUUGCCCCUCCGACCACAGCCUCGAAACUCAGGAGAGAUCAAGAGGUCAACCUCAAUGUCCUUUGUCGAUGGCAACCUCGGCACCUGGCCCAAAGAAAAAAGGUCUGGGCCUUAUGGAGUGUCUUUUGACAUCCCCUUUGACAAAGAGGACUCUGCUUCCGGCGGUCUUCCCUCCACGCGUGGCAUGGUCAGGUCUGUCAGCACUGAUGAUGGUUCCGGCUUCAAGGUCCACCACCUGCCCCGCGGAAUGAAGCGUAACCUGUCCUUCCAGCCAGUAAAUGGCCAGAGUGUCGGCAUUGAGGAGGAGGGCUGCCCAGACAGCCUAGCUGGUAUGGAGCCUAGCAGGCCAGCGUACCCCAACGGACAUGGAAGUGUCAUGGCAAAAACUCCCUCCAUAGAGGAAGCCCUUCAGAUUAUCCAUAGCCCAAAUAGGCCCCCAGCGGAGGGGAUCAACAGCGGUUUCUUCCUGCACACUCAGGACCACGGGGCUGGUGUUGGUGUCUUGGAGCCAGUGUCGGAGUUGGACUCCCAAGGGCCUCCGAGCACCACAGACACCACCGAGGUGGACACUGGCAUCCAUAUUCAAACAGAAGACAUGCUAGAUGAGGAUUCCUCUCUGAAAGACUGCUCCGUGAACAUGGACCUGGAUAUGGACACGCCAAGCCCCUGCCCGAGCAGUCACAGCAAAUCCCCCUCAGGGUUGAAGUUGACCAGCUUUGCUGAACAGAAGAAGAGGAAGCAUACGCCAUCAUUGCCAGACUCGGGGAGGUGCAGCAGCAGCUCCCUCAAGACCACUCCUGAGGGCUCCGACUUUUGCCUCCCGUUAUCUGUCUCCUGGGCCCCGACCCCUGAGCACAGCCCCAACCAUCAACAAACCACACCCCCCCUCAGUGCUCAAGCAUCGCCCACACCUGUACAACUUCCAGCCAAUGACCCUGCUCAGGUCAUGGCUACGGAGAUGGUACAGCUGAGGAUGAGGCUGGAGGAGAAACGUAAAGCCAUCGAAGCGCAGAAGAAGAAAGUGGAGGCUGCUUUCACAAGGCAUCGGCAAAAGAUGGGUCACUCAGCGUUUCUCAAUGUGGUAAAGAGAAAAGGAGAUGGGGCUGCCAGUGGAGAGGAAGGAGGGAAAACCGAGGGAGAAGGCAAGGUAGCAAGCACAAGUCCCACCUUCAAAUUUGGGAGGAGCAAGGCGGACACACCCGAUGGGGCAGAGCAAAGCAGCACCGCUUCCUGUUGGACAAAGUCGCCUGGUGCAGGAGAGGAAGGUGGUCAAAGCCAUGCUCAGCUCACCGAGGUAGAUCUCACCGAGUACACGCGCUCAAUUGAGAAACUGAACCAUUCAUUAGCCUUCCUUCAGACUGAGAUGCAGCGACUGGCUCAGCAGCAGGAAGUGAUCAUGUCCAUGAGGGAGAAACAACAUCAGCAGGCGUGGGUAAUCCCUCCUCCCCAUACAACCCCAUCGCCGCAAAAACAGAGUCGAGCCGGAGCUGUUACUCGAUCCUCAGGACCCUCUUCUCCUGCCGACUCCCCUCGUUCCACCCACCGCUCUCCAACCAGCAUCAAGCGCAAAUCUGCCUCCUUCCACUCACGUACUCCUCGCGCCGCUCGACCCAACGAGCUGAAGCUGGCCCCUUACAAUCGAGUCCUAACUGCCCCACAAUCUGUCGACAGCAUCCCCAGGCUACGGCGAUUUUCUCCCUGCCAGCCCUUGGCAAGUUCUUUCGUUUACAUGGGGGAGAAACCAGCAACCUCCAAUCCAGAGACAGUAGGUUCAGAUGGAGAUAAAAACAAGGAGACAGAGUCACUAGAUUCCCCAGAGAGGGAGAUUGCUGGUGUAUGUGUAGCCAACUCACCGCCCAGCUCCCCCAACCUGCAGAACAAGAGCGAACAAACAGAAGCAGAUUCAGUUCAGAAGUCGGUUGCAGAUCUGAAACCUACCAUAGAGUCAUCAUUUCCUGAGGUUCUGGCCCACCCUGUGGUAGAGACCUUCACAGUGACACCUACAGAGAUUCCUCCCCAGCCAGAAGCCUCAGGCCAAGUCAAGAGCAGCUUGAUUGAGGUUCCUCUGUCAGUCAUGAAGCCACUGGAUGAUCUGUCACUUGAUGAUGAUUUGGAGAUGCAGCAGGGUGAUGUGGAAGGCCCGUAUCAGGAACAGAAGAUUUCUUGUGGUUUUUUCUUCAAGGCGGAUGGAAAUGCCGAGGAUAACAUGGCUCAGAAGAGGGCAGCUCUGUUAGAGAAAAGGAUGAGGAGGGAGAAGGAGAGCCAGCAGAGGAAGAUGCAGCAGGAGGCUGAGAUAGAGCAGAAGAAGGAGGAAGCUCGACUGAAAGCAGAGGAGGAGCGCGUCAGGAAGGAGGAAGACAAGGCCAGGAGGGAGUUCAUCAAGCAGGAACAUCUCAGGAGGAAGCAGCUUAAACUGAUGGAGGACAUGGAUACUGUCAUUAAACCUCGACCAGUCAGUGGGGCCAAGCAGAGGCGGGGGCGUACCAAGUCCAUCCAUCGCGACAGCAUGGACUCCCCCAAAACCCCUGUCAGAGCUGCCACAGGUUCACGCCAACGUGUCUUUUCAGUCUCCAGCUUGUCCCUUGCUUCCCUCAACCUGGGAGACAGCGACAGCGUUCACUCUGAGAAAAGAUCGCCAAGAAGUGCUAGUUUAGCCUCUGGUGCUCUCUUCUGCUUUCUGAGCUCUCCUAAACUGAGAAGAAGUAGGCCAGAUUCUGCAGAUGGCUUCCUGUCCCCGAGUCGCUGCAGCAGCAGGAAUGGAGAGAAGGACUGGGAGAAUGGAUCCACGACCUCCUCUGUUACAUCUAACACAGAGUACACUGGACCAAAGCUAUACAAGGAGCCCAGUGCCAAAUCUAACAAGCACAUCAUCCAGAAUGCUCUGGCCCACUGCUGCUUAGCAGGCAAGGUUAAUGAGGGGCAAAAGAACAAGAUCCUGGAGGAAAUGGAGAAAUCAGGGGCCAACAACUUUUUGGUUUUGUUCCGAGAUGGCGGCUGCCAGUUUCGCUCUCUCUACACCUACUGCCCCGAGACGGAGGAGAUCAACAAGCUGACAGGCAUCGGCCCCAAGAGCAUCACACGCAAGAUGAUCGACGGCCUCUACAAGUACAACUCGGACAAGAAGCAGUUCAGUCAGAUACCAGCCAAGACCAUGUCGGCCAGCGUGGAUGCGGUGACCAUCCACAGCCAUCUCUGGCAAACCAAGAAGCCAGCCACCCCUAAAAAAGUAGUGCCUGCCCAGUCCUAAUGGAACUUAAUACACCCAACAUCACCAUUCCCCCCUCAUAUGGAACAUACCCAUUUCAAUUUGCACUUCACUGUACAUAUCCAUGAAGAUUCAAGCACCUGCAAUGCCAGUUAGAUGAAUGCAUAUUUGUCUUAGGUUUAUUUUUGUUUGUUUGUUUGUUUUUUCUUCUCAUUGCAUUCCUGUCCUUGUUUUUCCUACUUACUCUGGUCUGGACAUGAUAGGACUCAAAGAUUAUGAACAACUGGAAUGUAUGCCAAUGCUUAUCACUUCUGUGUUUUUAGAGAUUGUCAUGUUUGAGUCAAGUUAUGAAGGCAUGUGUGGGUGUUUUGUUUCCUAUGUGCCAAACGUCAAAAAAUCAGACAGUAUGAAUGCCGGGACAUUUUACUGAAGCACUGAAUGUUUUUAAUUAAUGUACAUAUUGAUCUACGUUUGCAUUAUCCUGUUGAUGUGUGGCCUUAUGCGCGUUUUGUUUUAGCGUGUGAGUGCAAUGAGGUGAUUGUAAAACGGCGUAUACAGAUGGGAUUUUUUUGUACUUAGAAGAACACUUUUUUUUCUUCAUCCCUGUGGGUAAAACGGUUUGUAUAUUAAGGUACACAAAACUACAAAACGAAUUGCAUACAGCUAGUGUUAGCCACACAGUAUAUGUGUGUGUUCAGCUCAACAAAGCCAAGCGGUUUCAGCUUUUUCAGAACCCUUUUUGAGAAAGUGAUUUCAAAGAAUGCAGGACGUUACCGUGGAUCACUGGUUCUCAACCUGGUGGUCGAGACACCUGCAGACGAUUUGAACUAUCGUGUUAUGUGUGGAAAAAAAAAUCUAUUUCUGAUAUACAAAUAUGCUGUCAUGUUUGCAAUCGUUGUGUUAAAUUCCUUUUUACUCCUAAUAUACAGAAGUAGUUUCAACCUCAAGAUGUACUCCAGGAAGUAAAGUUGACAGACAGUGAAAGUAAAACUCCUCCCUAUAUUAACCAUCUGGUUUGUUUUCACUUGGGGUUUACAAUGAGGCAUUGCUUCAGCCAAAAAGGUUGAGAACCAGUGUUGAAAAUCACUCUGCUGCUGGUUCACAGCAGAUUUGUGAACAAAUAAAACAGCUCAGUAUUAUUUUUUAUUGUCAAAUGCUGCCUACUGCAGCACAUAGGAUCUUUGCAGAUUAUUAAUAUAAUGUACGAUUACACUCUCACCCACUGGUGUCAGUAAAAUGACUCCAUUCCAAGAUAAUGACACCUAACAAGUUUUUCUCUGUAUCAAUAUCAGGAUUUACAAUUAAAUUCAUAAUAGUACUUCAUUGACUUCAGAUUCACACCAGGCUUACUUACUGUAUCUUUUAAAAGAAGUCUGCACCUAAGGUAAAAGCAAACACCAGAUGUCGUUAACAUAAGCAUAAAGUUUGGAUUGCUUAGUUAAAAAUCAAUUGCUUGCACUGUACAUCACUGCAAGUGUUGCUGAUUCAUUAAAAUUGCCACACUGUUACUAUGGUUUUCAUUUUCAACACAUCUAUGCAUCUGUUGCUCUUACAUUCUUACAUAACACAAACGUGUUGUCCCAAACAGCCUAUAGAUGCAACGCGUCCUAGAUAGACCAGACAAUAUACUAAUGUUGUUAGAUUUCUUUUAUUUGUUUGUGUUAUUAGGAUAAUGAAUUUCACAAAAUAAUGCAAGGCAGAAUAAGGAAGAUUCUUGUUGCUGCAUACGGGUAGAGACUCGCCACAGAGUUUCAUUGGUGUCAGUAUCACGUUCCUUUUGCCACCGAAUGUCAAAUCAACAUAAUUUGCAGGUACGGUUUCCAACAAAAGAAAAUCUGCUAAGAUUAUGCUUUGUUUUUUAACGGGAGGGGAGGGGGGGGAUAUUUAUGACCAAAAGAGAGCAUGUACAUGUCUUUGAAAAUGUAAUCUAAUGUAACAGAGUGUUUCUCUGUUGGUAAUUAGAAUGAUUUGUCAACUGAAGCUAUGUCCACUAUCUAUGGCGGUUUAAGGCCAAGGUAAAUGGUUAUUUAAACUCUAAUGAUAUUGUACAGUGUAUUCAUGUGAGCUCAUACCUAUUCACUAUGAUGACUUUGUUUUGUUUGUCAGAUGCUGUGCUGUCAUUCAACAUAUUGCUGAACAUGUAGUUUUAAUUUUGUUUUUGUUUUUUGGCAUUUAAUAAAACUAAGCAUGGCCUCAG